AUGGCUUCAGAAGGACUUGUUGUAAAUGAUGCUAAACUGAGCUGUUCUCCAUAUAGUGAAUGUGCCGUUUGUUCUAGUACUCGUAUUACUAAAAUAAUUACUGUAUUUCGGUACUGGUAUGUUCAUGGGGAGAACUUUGAUGAGGUGUGUAUCUCCUUUGAUGUGAAUGAUAUGGAUGAAUAUGAGAAGUUUAGGGAUGCACCAGAUUCAUUUCAAAAGAUUCCUUCACAAGCCUACCCUCUUGUGAUAACAUUCAAUAUGUUCCUGCUUAUGCUUGAUAGAACCUGUGGAUCAUCAUAUUUUGAAAGAUUUCCAAGCAUUAGGAAAAUCUUUUUCAUUGGAUCAGCAAGUUCAAGGCUGUUUGCUCCGAUGGUGAGGAAAAUUGAAGUUACCUAUGAAAAAUUUAGUACAUCUUACUGGCCCCAUUUUAACUCUCAAUACACUAGAAAGCUAGAUCCUUCGAGAGUUUUCACGGAGAUAAUUUCUUGCGUAAAAGGUACGCUACAAUAUGAGGAGUAUAAUGAUACUAAGCUUAGUUUGUCGAGUUAUCUUGAUCUAUCUAUGAGACGAGUAUCAAAUUUUAGUAAGGAUGAGAGAGUCAACAUUUAUAAGAUUUUUGAGGAUUAUGAGAAACAGAAGAUUUUACAAGGAGAAUAUGAUGUUGCCGAUCUAGUAAAUGAUUUGUUUUGCCGAUUAAAGUGUGAAAGAUAUGGGGGCAAGUUCAUGGAUUUUGUUUAUAUCGAUGAAGUCCAGGAUCUUACCAUGAAACAACUUGCUCUCUUCAAAUACAUCUGUAAGAAUGUAGAAGAAGGCUUUGUAUUUUCAGGUGACACUGCUCGGACGAUUGCAAGAGGUGUUGAUUUUAGAUUCCAGGACAUCAGACACCUUUUCUACAAAGAAUUUGUACUUGGAGUUGAAUGCAUAGCUGAAGAUGUUAUUGAGCUUAUUUAUCACUUUUUCCCCAAUUCUAUUGAUUAUUUGGCCCCUGAGACUAGUCUUUUAUACGGGGAACCCCCAAUUUUAUUGAAUUGCGUGAUAUUGGUAAGAGAUAAUUUUACUCGGCGUAAAAUUGCCAAGAACAUUGGAAGACAAGCCCUAGUGCUUACAAUCUUUGAGUGCAAAGGCUUGGAGUUUGAGCAAGAUGUCCUUUUAUACAACUUUUUUGGAUCUUUGCCUUUGAAAGAACAAUGGAGGAUUAUAUAUGAAUUCAUGGAGAAAAAGCUUUGUCCGUUGAAUGCAGAAAGAUAUCCUACCAUAACUCGCACAAGACAAAGACUAUGGAUUUGUGAAGAUAAUAAGGGUUUUUCAUCACCUAUGGUGGACUAUUGGCAAAAGUUGAAUCUCGUUCAAGUUCAGAAUUUGGAUGAUUCAUUCCUCCAAAUUAUGCAGGUUGCAAGUAGUGUAGAAGACUGGAAAUGUCGGGGUAAAAAGAUGCUUGAGGUGCGGAACUACAAAGCGGCAACAUUGUGUUUUGAACGUGCUGGAGAUUCUUACUGGGCACAUUUUUCCAAGGCUUCGGGCUUGAAAGCAGCUGCUGUCAACCUGCAAGGUUUGAACGUGCUGGAAAAGUCUUUAGAAAAGUUCAGAGAAGCUGCUGAAAUUUUUGGUAGGAUUAAAAACUUGUAA